AUUCUUAAAAAAAAUGUCUUCUAAUUCGUCAAUUGAGCAAAAAGCAGAUAUUCAACAUCAUGAGAUUGAUAUGUUACCUACUGCUAAUGUAGUGGUUGAUCAUUCGACUGGUCAAAUGCAAACUCAUGCAGUCUCUUCUCUUGCAAAGAUACAUCCUGCUCCUAUCGGCUUCGGUGCUUUUGCUCUUUGUUCUUUCGUUCUUGGCUUAUACAACUCUGGCUUAAUUACAAAUUUACCGCAGGUAGCUGUAGGUGUAGCUUUUGGAUAUGGUGCUAUGGGUCAGUUUAUCUGUGGUAUUUGUGAAAUAGUUAUUGGAAACAUAUUUGCAGCUGCUUCUAUGUUAACCUUUUCUGGUUUCUUCUUUACUUUUGGUAUCAUGAUGAUCCCUAGCUCUGGAUUCCUUCAAAUCGCUAUGGAAAAUGGAGGAUUAGAAACUGUUCAUAAAUGUAUGGGUCUUGUACAAAUCGGCUAUGCUAUCGCAGCCUUCCUUUUCUUCCUUGGUACUCUUCGCCAACCUAUUCUUAUUCGUCUUGUCCUUUUUCAAGUGUUCUUAGCCUUCUUCUGUGGUGGUAUUGGUGGUUUAACUGGAAUUGUUAAUUUCAAUAUUGCUAGUGGUUGGAUAUCAUUUACCCUCUCACUUACGGCUUGGUAUGUUAUGGCUGCGCUCUUAUAUACUCCUGAAAAUACUAUGAUCAAACUUCCAUUUUUUUAAAUAAUUAUAAAGGGCAAGUAAAAAUUCACUUGACAAAAAGAGUCUUUUUAUAUUGCUUUUUAUUUUAUUUAUUGCUAUAUUCUAUACCGUUUCUUUUUUCAUUUAUUUAAAACAUAAUUCUUAAUCAUUCAUUAUAUCCUUACUUUCUACGAAAAAAAUCGUUUUAUUCUACAGUAACAUUCAUACUAUACUGAUAUUUUUAAUUAGUAACUCAAUGUUUGGUUUCAUAUCUUCAUAUUUUUUAUAUAUAAUAAUACAUAAUAUACAUUUUAAUAAACAAAGUAAAACUUCUUUUCAUAAUAAA